UAUCCAUCGAAGCAAGCAGGCAAUUAUAGUAUUGCGUUCGCAUGUUGAGGUGAGUAUUGUAUUGCUAUUGGCACACCAAGUCACAGUCGGCGUACAAGACCUAGCGACAGCGAUUCAUCUUCCUUGCCCUUUCCAUUUUCACUUGACUUAAUGCCGUGACCGGCUGCGUCACACACUAAGACUAGUAAAUCGAAGAAAACUACAGCAAAAAUGUCGUCCCCCGCACAACAUGACCAAGACUCCGCGCGGCCAGCUCCGCCAAUCAACCGUCGUUCCUGGGCGGCGCUUGCGGACUCCAACAUUUCCGACCCGUCGAAAAAGUUCAUCAACAGUUUGAACUUUAAGAAGAUGACCCCGGUGCAAGCCAUCGCAAUUCCCCUGUUUCUGAAGAACAAAGACGUGCUGGUCCAAGCUUGUACGGGGAGCGGGAAGACCCUCGCAUUUCUCCUACCCGUCGUGGAGCUUUGUCUACGCGCGGUGACGCAGGAAAAAGAGGAGAGGAAGGAUGCAGAAGCAGAUGCUGACAACGACGAAACGGAAACAAGCAGUAAACAUAUCAAACCAAACAAAACCGCCGCUCUUGGGGGACUGAUCCUCGUGCCAACUCGGGAGCUCGCCCUGCAGAUUUCCGAAAUCUUGGAGAAAUACCUGAAAUUCUAUCACAUGCAAAAGUGCUUGGGUCUGAAAGGAUGCAACUUGUCAUGCUAGGUCUGGAUCGUGAUUAGCAAGAGGCGUCCUCUUGUGACUAAGUCGAGAGGCAGAUUCUCAUGCGGGCAAGGAAUGAAAAUAAAGAUCUCCCAGAACCUGUGAUGCCAGGGCAUGCAGCACAGACCUCACGCGUCUUGUAAAAUGCGCAUGACAUCAAGCGUUGCACUUUUCCAGACCCAGACAUAUUUGGAUUGCAUAAAUGCUUUGAGCAGACGAAAGAGAUCCGAUCCGCGGUUUUCGUCGGUGGAAAGUCCCAGCACAUGGAACAGAAGAUGUGGCAGAAGGCGACCACGAUUUUCGACAGAACUGCAUAUCAAAUGUAAAAAUGUCUGGGUCUGGAAGUUUGGAACUUGUGAUGCUAACUUUGGACUCUGAAAAAAUUUGUAUUGCGUGACCAACAAGAGGAGUCUAAAGUAGUUUGUGCUACGCGGGGAGGGCGUUUGUCAUGCGGAGUAGGCAUCAGGAAGCCAUCGAAAAAUCUGUAAUGCUAGGUCGCGCUGCAUUACAGACAUCCUGGGUCAUGCAAAAUAUGAAUGACAAGUCUCAGAAUCUCCCAGACCCAGACACUUUUACAUUUGAUACUGCAGCAUCUGUUCCUACUACUACAUCGCACGACACUUGUUCAUUAUCUCCCGUCGCCCGAACUAUCAUCGUCGCGACGCCGGGGAGAUUAGUGCACUGGCUCCGGGAAAAAUCGAACAACAACCUAACAAUCGGGAAGGAGUUGGCGAAAAAGUUGGAGGUUUUGGUCUUUGACGAGGCGGAUCGAUUGUUGCAGUUAGGUUUCGAAAAGGACAUUCGCGAAAUCGUCAACUACCUACCGCGACAAAGACGCACGGCUCUGUUCUCCGCAACUUUGCAAAAUUCCGAGAUGCACACGCUGGUCCGAGUGGGGUUCGCGGGGAGGAAUCCUGUGCAGGUCAAUGUGGAGGUGAAUACUGCGAAUAAAGGGAGUAGUACCAAAGCAGGUAGUUCUACUUCAGCAGCAGAUGGCAAUUUUAAAACCGCAGAAGGUAAAGAAGAACAGCAGAAGGGUCCUGCUCCUGCGCUCAGGGAUAAAAAUUCAGAGGACGCUCCUGCAGCGAGCAACGCAGAAAACGCCGUUGCUCCAACCGCCCCCGACUCAACACAUCAAGUUUUACCGCAAAAACUGAAGAAUUAUUUCCUCGAAGUUCCGAAUUUCCAGUCAAAAUUACCGCUACUGUACAAAUUACUCGAGGAAACGAAGAACAAAAAAGUCCUCGUUUUCUUCCUCACCUGCGCGGCAGUGGACUACUACCACAAAGUUCUCCUGCAUUUGAACCUGAAAUCGGAAAAAAUCCACGGACAGAUGCCGCAGAAGGGAAGGGAACAGAACUGGAUGAAAUUCAAGAACAGUAAGACGAAAAUCCUACUAGCAACCGAUGUCGUGGCGCGAGGGGUCGACGUGCCGGACAUCGAUCUGAUUAUCCAGUUCGACCCGCCGUGCGACCCGAGUGCUUUUGUACAUCGGAUCGGGCGGACCGCAAGGGCCGGGGCUGGGGGCGAGUCGUGCGUGUUUCUGAUGAAGAACGAGGUGAGUUACGUGGAGUUUCUGAAGAACCGGGGGGUACAUCUGGAGAAUUAUGAGGAGAAACUGCUUGCAGCAGCGGUAGCUGCUGCUGGUCGUGCACAGAAAGAACGUCAGCAAAGUUCUGACGCGAACACGAACAUCAACCAAAGUAGCGACGCUGGGAGUUCUUGUGCGAAGUCAGUAGAGCCACAAACCAAGAAACGGAAGUUGAGUAAGAAGCAGAAACAAGCAGCAGCGGCGAUGCACACAGAGGCUGCAGCAACUGCAACAGAGGCUGCGGCACCAGCAGCUGCAGUAGAAUCAACAACAUCUUCAUCUUCUACACAGGACGACGACCACCACCAGGGAUCCUCUGCUACAACAACCACGAUAAAAAGAACUGUUCCCACCAGCAUCGCAGAACUCAUUCAACCGACCACCGACCGCGUUCUCUUGAAAAUCAAGCAAUUGAUCGAAACCGACCGACAGGCCAUGAUGAAAGCCAACGCGUGCUUUGUCAGUUUCUUCCGCGGGUACCAGGAACACCAGCUUCGGUUUUUGUUUCGGAUAGAGGAACUUCCGUUAGGGGACGUCGCGACCGGGCUGUGCUUGUUGAGAAUCCCCCGGAUAAAGGAGAUUUUGGGGAAAAAGAUCGAAAAUUUCGUGCAAUCGAAGGUGAAUCCGGAGACCGUGCCAUUUCUGGACAAGGUCAGGGAGAAACAAAGACAGGAAAAGCUGCAGAGACAAAGGUACAGAUGAAAUCAUUCGAAUUUGUAUUGCUCAAGAGCAAAGAUGAAAAUGGAAGUUGUAUUGCUAUGGUCAGGAAGAUUCCGAUCGUCGUUUCUACUCGAGAUGCCAGCAUAGUCAGCAAUCACCCAUGACACUCUAUAUCCAACCACGGCACGACGGCAUGACUUCUGUUUAGCAACAUGACAAACCCCAAAAUUAUCCAACCAUUCAGGGACGAGAAGGCCGCCACCGAAACCGCGGAGGAUUUGGAACGACAGCGAAUCCGGAAGGAACGAGAGUUGGAAAAGCAGAGGAAGAAGGACGAGAAGGCUCGCACCCGGACGGAGAAGCGGACGGCGGGAAGAAAAAACCGGCUGGAGGAGUGGCAGGCCCUGCAAAUGGAGGAAUGUUUGGCGAAGAAGUUGAAGAAGGGGAAAAUCACAAAAAAACAGUUCGACGUGGAAAUCAAAAAGAUCGGACAGAAGCUGGCUGGUGGGGACGAGGAGAACGGAUUUGAUGGAUUUUCCUCCGACAGUGAUAGUUGUACGGGGGACGAUUUUUCGGACAGCGAUAGCGAAGACAGCGAUGCAGCAGGAGGGGAUGAGACGAAGAAUAAAUCUUCGAAGGGCAAGCAGGGGGAGAAAAACAAGAAUCCCGGGAAGAACAAUGCGGAGCAAAAAGAUUCAGACGACGAUAGUAGCGUCUCCACCGCGGGCGACGAUCAGAAAUCUGUGUCGGAGAUGGAUGGAGAUGAUGUUGAUGGCGAUUCAGACAACUCCGAUGACGACGCCGAAUUGUCCGCGGAACUGCACAAGCUCGGUAGCUCUUCGAAAAAAUCGAAAGAGAAGAAACCAGACCUGAACCAGCAGAAGCCGAAAAAGAGGAAAAGACGGGUGGUGAAAAAGAAAAAUAAGAGAAAGUAGAUCUUGAUGGUGAAGUGAAACUGAAAGUGUUUGGUCGUGAUUCGCUGUGUGCAACAAAGGAGGACGAACACGAAGGAAGUGACGAAAUCGCUCUCGCGGCUGUUAUUCACUGAGUCAAGAAGAGCUGCGCUUUUGUAAAAUGCAAAACGUUAGUACGAUAACAACUACCGG